CCCGUCGGUCAGCCUUGCCUUCCAGGCAGCGAGAGCUCCGGAUGUCAUCCUGGCUGCCACAGCGACGGGCGCCUUGCGUACCAGCUCAGGCACGCCGUUCCCUUGCGGGGAAACGACCGAUCCCCACGGCCCCUGAAAGACAAGAUCAUUGGCUUAGGUUCCGUGUAGCCGGCCAGACCAGACAGGCCUUUGCCUCACCAUGCCAAUGGAAAAGGGCCCUUGGAGAAUAGUGGAUGACUGUGGUGGUGCCUUCACAAUGGGAGCCAUUGGUGGUGGCAUUUUUCAAGCUGUCAAAGGAUUCAGAAAUUCUCCAGUGGGUGUAAAUUAUAGGUUACGAGGUAGUUUGACAGCUAUUAAAACCAGAGCACCACAGUUGGGAGGUAGCUUUGCUGUGUGGGGAGGUCUCUUUUCCAUGAUUGACUGUAGUAUGGUGAAAGCAAGAGGAAAAGAAGAUCCUUGGAACUCCAUCACCAGUGGAGCCUUAACUGGUGCCAUAUUAGCUGCAAGAAAUGGUCCAGUUGCCAUGGUUGGAUCUGCAGCUAUGGGAGGAAUUCUUCUAGCUUUAAUUGAAGGAGCAGGUAUCCUACUAACAAGGUUUGCAUCUGCACAAUUUCCAAAUGGCCCUCAGUUUUCAGACGAUCCUUCUCAGUUACAACCCUCACCAUUUGGAGACUAUAGGCAGUAUCAAUGAUGUCCUGUAUUCUUCUCUUUCAUGUUGUACAAGCAAAUUGUUGCCCUUACAAGGACAAGCAAGAUGCAGCAUCACUUGAAGACUUUUCAUUGGAAGUGUACACCUAGAUGUUUCUGUAUUUUUCAUAUAUUUAAAAGAUUAUGAAUAGUAGGAUUCCAUUAUUGUAAAGUAGAUAAGAGAUACCUAAGCAACUCCUUAUGCCUUGUCUUAAAAGGACCAAGCAAUGUAUUAUUGCAGAAAGAUGUGAGUCUGUGGCCUUUAUGGUACAGUCCUGACCAUACUGGCACCAUUAACUUUAAAGGACAGAACAGCCAUGCAGUGCCAGAGCUGCCUACCUGAGGAGAAUGUGCGAGUAACAGGACAAAUGAGGUGGGUUGCCUGCUUUUCGGCUGGAAUGAAGGUGCACCUAGUGAUGCGGGGCUGGGAGGGGUACUCGUUUUCCUCUUUCGAUCUUUAAUACCACAUUUAGAUAUGAGAAUGAAAUGUUAAGGAAAAUCAUUACAAUGUUCAAAUGUUAAAACCUGGUAGGCAUUUUUUGUUGGUAAAAACUGCUGUGGGAAUCCAAAAAACUAUACAGGGAGCCUUUGUAAAGUAUUUAAAGGUUCACACUGACUGUCUCCCAGGGUUGUCCUAGGCUAGAGGACUGCUCAGUUUCAGUGCCUGAUCACUUUGAGUUGUCACUGUUAGGUCUUGUAUUACAUUUAUAUAAUAAUGUAGGAGGGGGAUACCAACAAUUUAAUGGUGCAGCUUUCACAUGUAAAGUCUACUACUCAUAAACUUGACAAGUUUGCAGUGCCUGUAUAUUUUCAACCUUUAACUGUUUGAGCGGACUUUUCAUGCCUGAAUAUAAAUUAGCAAUACGUUUGCAUUAGAUGGAACUUCCAGUUUGCCCAGAAGCAUGCUUGUAAACGUGCACACUUCAGCAAGUGUCAUCCAGACAAUACACAAUACAAGUUUAAUUCCUGACCAUUAGUUUCCAUUAGAUUAUUUAUGGUGUGUAAAUGUACUAUUUGUCUUCACCCUAAAUAUGUGAAUGAAGAACAAGCUGUAUCCACAAUGUAAAAGCCUAUGUUGGUGGGAUGGGAGUUGUUGGAAGCUUCAAACAAAAAAGAAUGGCGAUCACAACUGCACAAAUCUUGGUGAAAGAAAACUGAUGAUAGUAAAAUACUUGUAGGGUCUCUUUGCAAAGUCAAAAUUAAAGAACUCCCUCUAGUGGCA